GCAAACCUAAGUAUAGAGAAUCGGCAGAAAUGCCAUUGAAUGAAAAUUUUUUUUUGCAAAACUAAGUAAGUGUUUUUCAUUCCACUUUGCUUAAUUCCCGUUAAAACACUUUCUAGAACACGCAUUGUUUACAUAUUGACCUACGGUUGUGAGGUUGCAGACAUUAUACAGUGUGAGAGAAAAAGAACAUGUCAGAAUGCCAAGUGGAGAUUAAAUGUUUAUCAGAUGCGGUGCAGGUAGGCGAGACGUUUGAUUGUAUCGUAAAGAUUACCAAUGCCAAAACAGCACAGAGUCAAUUGCAACUGCUGCUGUGUUAUGCAUCCAUACAUGGAGAAAUGUAUCUAGAUCCAACAUUAGUACGUGUAUCUGAAUUUGAAGAUGUGCAGCGUCAAGGACUACUCAAUAAGCGAACUAUGAGCGGUUUGGUGCAUAUUCCGAAAGCGGCUACCAGUUAUUCGGUUUCCAAUGCACUUAGCGGAAUGUUUGGAAGCUUACUAGGCUUCAAUCAAGCUAGCACGUUGACAGAAGCAUCAGAACAACAAGAAGAAAAUGCGACGCCCGUGUACAUGACUCGCCCAGAUAUCCUAGGAGUGGAUUUGUCAUUGGCACCAGGAGAAAGCCAAUGGUUUCACUUGCGAAGAAGGAUCCCUUUAAAGACUGUUCCUUCUUACAAAGGUAUCGCCUUUCAAUUUCAGCAUAGAUUGGUGGUCGGUGCACAGUUUCCGGACAACAAUGCUUGUGUGGAAUAUGAAUUUGAAAUCAACUUUCUACCAAACAGCAAGCAAAGGCCAGAUUUACCGCUAGGAAAGUUCAGCCAAAUAUCUAUUGCUGGUCCAAACGUGUUUGCCGAUGUGCAUAAACCCAUCUUUGAUAUGGAGCCCGCAGAAGUGAACGAGAAAAACAUGGAAGGCGCAUUAACAGCUGAGCGGUGGCCACUGGAUGAUCAACAUGAUGACAACAAUGGAAAACAAAAGUUUGAUCAGUUUUUGUUCUCAUUACUCGAAGCAGACGGGACCGCAUACGCAGCAGGAGAGCAUCGUUCUCGCAAGCAGGGAUUUACACCAGAGGAAGAAGAGAACGAUAAAGAAGGAGAAAUGUUGGGAUUGCUGAGGAGAGAAGAAACACUUAGUCGAAUGACGACAAGGUAUGAGAUUGCCAAUCAACAGAAGCUUAUAUGUCGAGUCAUGUUCAAUAAAUCGAAAUAUUUAGCCGGCGAGAUGAUGCUGCUAGAAAUUAAUGAAAUGCGCGGAGCUAUCCGACAAAUACACGUGCAGCUGGAAAGUGUGGAACGUAUUGUGCCCGAGAUUCGAAUGCGCAACAGCACGAACACAGAACGAGUGACGCGAAGAAUUUGGACGAAACUGACGCGGUGUGUGUAUGGAUUGGACAACUUUAGCUUAGCGAUGAGCAUCCCGGAAGAAUGCCCAACUACGCUUGAAACCCAGCAAUUUGGCGUGGAACACUUUUUACGGAUAGAAAUAUUGCGCGACACGAGUGAACGACAAGAAUGGAUACGAUCGUCUCGUUAUAAUUCCAAGGACGGCAUGGAAAUGGGACGUGUUUCAAUCGAAGAAAACCAUCAACCAUUGGACUCGAGUAAAAACGAGAUUAAGGGACUGGAUACAUCUCUAAACGUAGAGAAAGAAGAACCGAAAAAAUUGGAAGAAACAUCGCGAUCUUCAAGGGAAAGUGGUCAUCGAAGCACGGCGUCUAUUACGAAUGCCCGCGAAAUGAGAAUAGAGCACGCGCCUCCAACAUUCCCAGCAGAAACGAUUCAGUGUUGUUUAUCAGUCCGCAUUGAGCAUCUCUUAGCAUAGCAGCGACGUCAUUGCAUUCUCUUCUUUCACAACUCCUCAGUUCCUCCUUAAUCACACUUGCUUAUCCCCAGUCGAAAUAGCGUACUGCAACAAGGUCACGAAUACGUUGUACGGAGCGUGUGUAUCCAUCUCAUUUUCGCAGUUACGAUGAGUAAGCACUAAUUCGAUAACGCUUGGGAGUGCACGAUGCUAUCGCCUCGAUGAAGGGAUUGCCCCACAGAGGAAAUUAAGAAACUGAUGUCAUUUAUCUUUGUCCGUUUGGAAUUUUCCCUUUUCAAAACUUUGUCAAUCGGGUAGGUUCUGACACGAUGAAUAAAAAAAUAGGAUGAUUCUGGUUGGGUAAUCGAUUUUUUCCUCAUUUCCAACAAAUAACAACUAUAAGGUAACAUGUGCCUUUAAUUGUGAAACAUGCAACCUAUCGUAAAACAUGCAAAUAUCGUUGCGUCAUUUGUAAAUGACAUCAUUGAAGGAGGAGAUGGAGAGGAACGAGGUUCUUCCUUUUAGAAUACGGGUGAUAUCAUUCCCCGAUAAGGGUAAUAGCAUCCUCCUGAUUUGCGAAUGCUUAUGAGUCAUGCAAUUAUAGACAAAAUCGAUAAUGAAAUUAUGGACACUUUUGACUAAUGACGAGUACCAGAGACCACACGUUCAGAUACGUCUGCUCUCUCAGGAAACCUAGAAGACCGCAGUACGAUGCGAAAUUAAGGACGCUAUGAUGUACCUCAUUAAAGGGGUUUAGGUUGCUUAUCCAUAGCUGGAUUUAUAGUUUUAAGGCUAAUUAAAGGGAAAGAAGCUUUUUCUUAUAAUUUCCUUUCUUAUUUUUUACCAAAAAUCCACUAUUUCUUGUGUUAAUGUCUUCCUCUUCCUUUUGUCAAGAAUUUCCUUACUACCAACGACAUUAAAGCAUCCAUUCAAUGGAUCGCCUCUUUCAAUCCGAUCGGUAAACUAUUGAAAUUCUAGUUCCAUGACUUUGUCCAGAGUUGCAUACCCACAAAGCCCCCUCUUGCCGCUCUCCUUUUUCUUACUCAUGAUCCACUGAUGCCGAUCUGGACAAAAUCGACGUUUACCGCAUGUUGCUUAUAUAUACCUAAGCUUCACUCAUUGUCUCGGUUCUUGCCUUAAUAUUCCACCAAGUAUAUACUCCGUUAUCCUUUAUAACGUACUUUCGUUAUUUUUCGUUCCUUGUGAUACGGAGCUCGUUAUUGUAGUUCUCCUUUCGACAAUUCCU